AUGACGAAGAGAGAAAAACAGAGUAAAGCGGAGAAGGGACAAGCGCUGAGGACGCAGCAACAACCAAAUUAUCUUUGCAGCAACGAAAGGGAUGGGAUCAAGAGAAGAAAAGAGAGGGAUGAGAUUCCCCAGGAAAGAAAGAAGAGCAGUAAGAUCAGGAGGACCAAGAAACAGCAGGAGUUCGAAAAAAAAGAAAGAGCAAAGGAAGAGGAAAAGAAGCUGGAAAAAAAUGAGAAAAAGGAUAGACCAAAGUUCAAAAAGAGAAGGAUAAUAGCAACAAGCUCUGAUGGCAGCUCUUCAUCCGAUGAAGAGUUCGACGUGGACUCGCUGAGUGAGGAGGGGAUUGAGAAACUGAUGAAAGCCAUAGACAGGAAGAAGAGGCGCAUCACCACGCUGAGAGCCAAACCUUGGUCAAUGGACAAGAAACUGGCUGUACUCAGGAAGGCACAAGCGUUUAUAGAGAAGUAUGAGGAGCAUAUAGGAAAAGGAGAAGGGAGGAAACUUUACGCUUGCAAAGUCAUGAUUUCGAAGAUAUGGGUCAAGUUUCAAAGAAGCUUCAAGAACUUUAAGGCAGCCUGUGUUCUAUGGGAGAUGAAGAUCAAGAAAAUUGAAAGUCAUUUUGGCUCUUCAGUGGCAUCCUACUUCAUAUUGCUGCGAUGGAUGUUUGGCAUCAAUCUAAUUUCCUUUGGCCUGUCCUUUGGGCUUGUUAUGAUUCCUGAGGCAUUACUUGGGAAGCCCUUUGGGAGUAUACCCAGGAAGACAGUAUCCAGAGAAGAAGAACCCACUGCUAUGAACCUCGAAGUCCUAUGGGAUGUUUCGGGUUACAUUAAGUAUUCCGUAUUGUUUAUAGGCUACUACAAUGACCAGAGAACAAUUGGCUGGCUCAAGUUUCGAAUGCCCUUGUGCUACUUUUUGGUUGGGCUGGCCAGUGUGGCUUACGGUUACCUGGUGAUCGUUAAAGCCAUGGCCUACAAUGCAGGGCAAGAAAGUGGAGAUGACAACAACUAUAAAUACAGCUGGAGAAUAUUCACUGGCUGGGAUUACCUGAUCGGAAACCCGGAGGCGGCUGACAGCAAGUUUGCCUCCAAUACCAUGACCUUUAAGGAAAUCAUUGUGGACGAGAAGAAUUUCAGAAAAAUGCCAAAUUUCCGAAAGCUGUUAAUACUCCGCACCGUGUCCAACAUCCUGGUCCUUAUCAUCCUGGUAGGAAGUGGCUAUCUGAUCUAUUUUGUGGUGCGCAGGUCUGGAAAAUUCUUCAAGCUUGGGAUGGACAAUUUCAGUUGGUGGGAAAGAAAUGAAGUGAACGUGGUGAUGUCGAUGUUGAGCACCUUCGGUCCGAUGAUGUUUGAUGCGAUAAGUUAUUUGGAGCUUUAUCACCCACGUAUUAACAUGCGCUGGCAGAUGGGCCGUGUCUUUGCCCUUUACACGGGCAACCUUUACAGCUUUCUCAUCGGCAUCAUUGACCAGAUCAACAUCUCUAGGGGUGCAGAAGAGCAAACAAAGCAUAACCUGACCAUAUGGGAGGCGGCCAUGUAUAACAAGUCCUUAGCAGAAAAUACAACUUUCAAAAUCAAUCCUGCAGAUGUUCCCAGAGGGCCUUGCUGGGAGACCUUGGUGGGACAGGAAUUUGUACGCAUGCUGUUAACAGAUACUGUGACUUUUUACUCUGUGACGGUGAUCAACGACUUUGCCCGAGCAGUCUUUCUUCGAUACGUCAACCCCAUCUGGUGCUGGGACCUGGAGUACACCUUUCCAUGCUAUUCCGAGUUUGAUCUGAGCGGAAAUGCUCUGAGCCUCAUAUUCAACCAAGGAAUGAUCUGGAUUGGGACAUUCUUCGCCCCCUGUCUUCCUGCAAUCAACCUGCUCAGACUGCAGACAUUCAUGUACCUCCAAGCCUGGGCCGUGUUGUGCUGCAACAUCCCUCCCGUGCGCAUCUUCAAGGCCUCACGUUCAAGCAACUUCUACAUGACCGUUCUGCUGGUCAUCCUCUUCCUCUCCACAAUGCCCCUAGUCUUCAGCCUCGUCUCCAUGCGCCCAUCUUUUGACUGCGGGCCAUUCAGUGGCAAAGAUCACUUUUACGAUGUGGUCCCUGAGACGCUGGAACUGGAUUUUCCAUACUGGUUAAAAAAAGUGGUCAACCUCAUCUUAAACCCGGGAUUGGUCCUGCCUUUCAUACUGCUUUUGGUCCUCAUCAUUUAUUACUUAUAUACCAUGUCUAAGAACUACAAGCAGGCCAACAGUCACCUGAGAAAGAAAAUGCGGUCUCAAGGUGAGGAGAAUAGAAAGAGGACCAGACUUACAAUAAAGAAAGCGACUGAAUAUAUGGAGAAGGCCAAAAAAAUGGCCUCCACAGAACAACCGGACAUGCAGGGAAACAAUGCAUUACCUUCAGAUGAAAAAGACAGAAGCAAUAUCAACGAACAAAGUUCUUGCUCACCACCUCCACCUCCUCCUCCUACUGCUCCUCCUCCUCCCCCACCACAUAUUCAUAUUUCAGGUCAAGGAUUAAGCUUUAAUCUCUCUCGCAGACCUGUUUACACUCGACCCCCUGCACCCCGGUCGUACCUCCUGCACGGGCAACUACCUGGAGUUCCACCACAUUAAA